AUGUUCGGUGAUAAAAUAAAGCUCAACAUUGAAACGGAAUAUAAACGACAUUUCGUUCCAGGCGAUAGCACGAUGCAAAACGCACAGCAUCCUGGCAAUGAUCCGGCCGUGGAUCCGUCGCUCAACCAGCGUCCCACAAGUAUGGAUAGCAUGACGGAGGGACAGCAGCAAAAGCAACAUCAGGAGCAGCAGGCACACGACACGUUCAGUGGUGGCGAGGGUAGCGAUACCACGCAGGAAGGCGGCAGCAGUGUCCCGGGUGGGACUAAAGAGUCGCGACAUUUCAUAAAGAAACCACUGAAUGCGUUGGAACGGAAAAGAAGUGAAAAGGAACGCAAGGCACGACAGCUGCGCCGGCUCCGCAAAUUGUUAAUGCCGAAAAAUGCGAUCGUGGCAUUGCAUGAGCUGCAGGGUCCAGGCAUGGCGGAGUUUACCGUGAACACAAAUGGUCAGGAAUCAAAGGCGGAAAUCAUCAUCAACAAUGUCAAGUACGAGGCAACCGCUCCGAAUAAGAACCUAGCGAAAGCGAAAGCAUCGGAGAAGGCGUUGCGCGAUCUGAUCUUUGCGCAGAUGUCACGGGUCAAGCAGCAGCGAACAACAACGGCACAGCCAAAGCAGCAGCCCGGCACCACCGCUACCACCGCUGACCAGGUGGACGGAGCACCAGCGAUCAAGACCGAACCCGAACCGAUGGAAUGCGUUGAAUCCGAGGACUUGCCGAUGGAGCAUUUGGCUGCGUUUGCGCUGCACAAACUGUUUACGCAGUGGGAAUCGGAAGGGUUCGAGGUGCCGUUUGUCAAAACGUCCCGGGCAAAAGCGGCCACAUCGGCACCGGCAUCGGCCGAGAACGGUGCCGGUACGUCGAUCAUGCCAAAGGUGACCAAAACUGUAGCCGAUCUGCCGCCAAACGCAAGCACGCGCCAUCCGACUGCACUGUUUGCAUACAUGCGACCACAAAUUUCGUACGAAGAUCUCGGCUCGAACAACGAUCAGCUGAACCGAGAGUUUAUAGCCGGUUUGCGGUCUGACGGUCGCUACUUCAUCGGCAAGGGCCGCUCGAAGAAGCUAGCCCGAAAGGCGGCAGCUAUCGAUGCCUGUAAGGACCUGUUCGGUGUCGUAUUUGAUGAGAGUGUGCUGAAUGGUUAGAGC